UCGCCUCCCUCCGCCUUCCCUCCCACUCCACUGGGCCGCGAGGAAGUCGCAAGAUGGCUGACGUCGCUUGGAAGUAACGUUCCCCUCUGCAACAUGAAGCCGUGAGCGUGGAAGAAAGCGAGGGAGGCACCAUCGGGCUUUUAUUUUUAUUUUCUUUUAGUUACUUUUCUUUUCUUUCGUCAAACAUCCAUCUCAUUCCGCGUCGUGUCCGCCCCGGACUUGUCUUCGGGAGUUGACGCGUCAAAUCACGCCGGGGACCCUGCCAGCAGCAGCUAGCAGCUUAGCCACAGUUAGCAAAUAUUAGUGCAGCCAGGCACGCUGCUCAUUAGUUUGUGUUAAAUUAAUAUUCUGACACCUGUUAUCCUGCACGCUGGUGUAGCACACGUGCUGAAAUUUCCCAGAGCCAGUGGCGAAUAAAUGUGAACAUUUUCAUCUGUCAGGUUUAAAAAAAAAACAACGGUUUUCAAGCUGCUCGGUUCACCAUCAUGUCCGCGAACUGGCCAUCCAGCCUGUGGGUUUGCUAACUAAAAAAAGCGCAGUAUUGCAUCUGUUUCAUGUGCACAAAACAGCGGGAUUUUUUUUUAUUUUGCAGACAUUUCUCGGUCCACCAUCUCGCUGCAUUUCUGUUACUCGCUACCGACUGCAUUUUGGAAGCUGGUCUUGUUAAAGCCAAAUUAUGGGAGCAGGAAACGUGUUAAACUUUUUCUGGUAGGUAGGUAGCUACACUGGCCUUUUCUGGCAUCUCACCAAAAAUCCACAGGGAUGGACACUAAACUGAGCACCCUCGACCAAAACUAAAGUAAAGAAAUAAAACAAACAAAUUGGCAAUUCGAUAUCUUGGGAUAACUACCAGAAACAGUCGUGCGGCGGUGCAUGGUGACUCGUUUUGCUAGUCAGCGUGACAGCCAAGUUGGUUUGCUGGGUUAACUAAACUACAGUUUUGUCACUACAUCGGAGACCAGUUAGCUUUGCCCCGGAGUGCACAGCUAGCUGCAAGUCUCGCCCCACAACACGUUACAAACACGGCGUACAGAACGUAUUCAGAGCCCGCUCCCGGUCAGACGCACCGGCUCAAUAACACCGUCAUGGGAGUGCAGGGCUUUCAGGAGUAUUUAGAGAAGCGGUGUCCCGGGGCCACGGUCCCCGUGGACCUCCUCAAGCUUGCCCGGACCGCGGCCCGCCAGCCCCCUCACCAUCAUCACCCACACCACCACCCACAUCACCCCGGGCCCAUGCCUCCCCCGCCCCCGCCUGCCAGGAUCCUAAUCGACGCUGAUUCCGGCCUGCAGCGCCUGUACGGCGGCUACCAGACGGACUGGGUGUGCGGAGGCGAGUGGAACGCCAUGCUGGGAUACCUGGCCGCCCUGUCGCAGGCCUGCUUGUACCAGGGUGGCCUGGAGCUGGUCGUGGUUUUCAACGGCACCCUGGGGAAGGAGCGCUGGCCCGAGUGGGCGCGGCGAGCUCAGAGCCAGCGACAGACGGCGCAGCUGAUAGUCAACCACGUCGGCAGCAAGGCCACCCCGCCUCCCCGGGCAUGGUUCCUGCCCCCGGCCUGCCUCAGCCACUGUGUCCGCCUCGCCAUGUUCCGCUUCCGAGUGCGGGUUGUACAGACUUUGGAGGACCACCACCAGGAAGUGCUCUCUCUCUACAGGGACUAUGGAUUUGCAGGCCUGAUCGCUCAGGAUUCAGAGUUUGCCCUCUGCAACGUCCCCGCCUACUUUUCCUCGCAUGCGCUCAAACUGAGCUGGAACGGAAAGAACCUGACCACACACCAGUAUCUGCUGUCCGAGGCCGCCAGGCAGCUCGGGCUCAAGACACAGCACCUGCCCUGCUUUGCUGCUCUGCUGGGAAAUCAUAUUUUGCCUGAUGAAGACCUGGCUGCCUUCCACUGGAGUCUGCUGGGACCAGAACACCCACUAGCCUCCCUCAAGGUGCGAGCCCAUCAGUUGGUGCUGCCGCCCUGUGAGGUGGUGAUCAAAGCCGUCUCAGAGUACGUCGCCUCCAUCAAAGACCUGGGAAACCUCGACGCCAUUGCCAGAGAUGUCUUCAAACAGUCACAGUCUCGUAUGGAGGACAAGGUGGAGCGAUUCAAGAAAGCUGUGGAGUAUUUCUCAGCUGCCUCCAAACCCCGCUCACCUAACAUGGGGCCCUCCUCUUUCAUCUUACCUGGGUUUGGACCUGCUCCAUUUGGGGGACCACCUGGUCACAUGGGACCGAUGCAGCCUGGAAAGAAUCAGUUCCCUCCCCCCCAGGUCCCGGGGUUAAAGCCACACUAUCAAAAUGCUCCAUAUGGACCUGGCUCCGCCCCUCUGUUCCAGACCCCACAGCCACCAUCCCAAGACUGCAAUGACUCACUGACGGGCAAGAUGGGCUUCACUGACUGGUCAGCUCCAUAUGAUUCCACUCAGGGGGGAAGUCGACUACCCAAUCAUCACACCGGCACUCUGUCUGGCCCCUCUCCGUCUCCUUCCUCAUCGUCGGAUGGAGAUGAACCCAAUGACAGCAACGCCAACCAUUUGACAGACAAGUCCUCUCGGUGGGAGGAUCCCACUGGAAGAGGGGGCUCCGGCUCUGGAGACGGUUCCCAAGGCAACGGGAGCGGGUCAAACAUUCCGUCACUGUUAUCUAUGGCGACGCGGAGUCACAUGGACAUAACCACACCCCCUCUGCCUCAGGUCAGCGCCGAGGUUCUUCGUGUAGCCGAACACAGACACAGAAGAGGGCUGAUGUACCCCCAGAUUUACCACAUAUUGACCAAGGGAGAGAUGAAGAUGCCAGUGUGUAUAGAGGAUGAGUGUAACUCUGAGCUGCCUCCUGCCUCGCUGCUGUUCCGUGCUGCCAGACAGUAUGCCUACGGCGUCCUCUUCAGCCUGGCUGAAACACACCGCCGCCUGGAGAGGCUCGCUCUCCGCAAGAGGGCUCCCCUGGAAGUUCCUCCAGUGAUUAUCAAAGAGUGGAGCAGCGGUAAGGCCAAGUCGGCCCUAACACCAGAGCUGGUUCCCGCCUUGUGUUUCCGUGAGUGGACCUGCCCCAACCUCCGGCGGCUCUGGUUAGGUCGUGCCAGCGAGGACCGCUCCAGGAGAACCAGGGCCUUCCUGGCCUGCCUACGCUCAGACUGCCCAGCCCUCCUCAACCCAGCACAGGUCCCACAGCAUCUGCUGCUCAUGUGCUGCGUGCUCAGGUAUAUGAUGCAGUGGCCUGGAGGAAGGAUCCUCCAGAGACAUGAGCUCGAUGCCUUCCUGGCCCAAGCUGUUUCCAGCCAGCUCUAUGAGCCUGACCAGCUACAGGAGCUGAAGGUGGAGAAGGUGGAUGCUCGCGGCGUGCAGCUGGCUGCUCUCUUUAUGGCCGGUGUCGAUACGGCGCUGUUUAUCAACGAUGUCUGCGGUCAGCCGUUGCCGUGGGAACACUGCUGCCCCUGGGGCUUCUUCGACGGCAAACUGUUCCAGAGCAAACUGGCCCGAGCCGCCCGCGACCGAGCCGCCCUGCUGGACAUGUGUGAGGGGCAGGAAGAGCUGGUGUCCAAGGUCGAGAAGAUGCGCCAGGCGAUCCUCGAGGGCAUUAACCUGUCUCGCCCUCCUCCUCCACCACCACCUCUUCCACCUCCUGCCUUCCUUCCCCCUGCCAUGAUGCCCCCUUUCUACCCCAUGCCUCCUCUCUACCCACCCCGUCCCAUGGGCGGCAUGCCCCCGCAUCACCCACAUCAUCCACACCACCCAGCCCAGCACAGACCCCGAGGCUUCCCAGGCAUUCAGUCCAUCCCCCCUCAGGGAGGGAAACUGGAGAUCGCUGGCAUGGUGGUUGGUCAGUGGGCUGGCAACAAACCAGUCCGUGGGAGAGGGGGCUUGAACAUGCAGGUGGUGUCAGUGGGAGCCGGGAAAGGGAGGGGUAAAGAGACUCCAGCAAAACUAAGGGGAGGGAAGAAGACAACUGCCAACAGAACACAGACGUCGUCCCCCCCAUCCAGCAGUCCCCCAAAGCCCUCCGAGGAGGUGGGUUCCACGCCAGAGGUUGCCUCUCAGCAGCUGAAUGGCAGCUCAGCAGCCUCCGCCAUCGGCCAGCCCUUGGAGCUGACUCCCCUGGCCCAGCCAACCCCGUGUGCCUUAGCCAGCAGAGACAACCAAUCAGAGGGGGUGGAAGUGGAGGCCCCCUGUUGCCUUGACGACUGCCCGUCAGACGGAGCACUACAGAAGGAGGAGUGAUGGCAUCCUUAUCAGGAUGUGCUGCUCUAAGAGAGUUAUCUGUGUUCGACUGCCUUUCCCUGUUUUUGUAGCCCUGUCUGCUAGCUGUGCACAUCAUCACACGGCGCAGGAGGCGACGGGAGGCCCGUCCUCGCCUCCUCUGCUGCGACGUGUGAUUAGCUAAACCAGUUAGCCGUUCCCCCCCUCCCCCCUAUAAGUUUUCUCAUAUGGUUUUACAUUGUUUCUAAAGAGACGUUUUUCCAUGAGUCCGUAAGCGCCCCACCUGU